AGCUUGAAUAUCUGGCCUGAUCGUUGCUCCCCCCCCGGACACCUCGCCAUUUUUCAACACCAUGACUGCCCCCAACGCCACCCCCGUCGAUACCCCCGUGGAGAACGUCGUCGUCGAUGCCGCUGCCCCGCCGGCUGACGGCGCCGCUCCCCUCAGCAAGAGCGCCCAGAAGCGCCUGCUGAAGGAGCAGGCCAAGAAGGAGAAGGCCGCCGCCGCUCCCCCCAAGCCUGCCGCCAAGGCCGCCUCCGGCACUUCUGAGGCCGCCGAGGCCGAGCUCGACCCGCGCCAGUACUUCGAGCACCGCGUGCGCUCCCUGAAGGCCCUGCAGGAUGAGGGUAUCAGCCCGUACCCGCACAAGUUCCACGUCAGCAUCUCCAUCCCGGAGUUCGUGGCUCGCUUCUCCGGCAUCGCCGACGGCGAGUGCAACACCGAGGAGGAGGUGUCCAUCGCCGCGCGCAUCAUGGUCAAGCGUGUCCAGGGCCGCCUGGUCUUCUACACCAUCAAGUCCGAGGCUGUCUCCCUGCAGAUCCUGUCCUCUCCUCAGGACCUCACCGAGGGCGACUUCAAGAAGAUCCACGGUGUCCUCCGUCGUGGUGACAUCGUCGGUGUCCGCGGCUACCCCGGCAAGUCCAAGAAGGGCGAGCUGUCCAUCUUCCCCCGGGAGAUCACCCUGCUGUCGCCCUGCCUGCACGUCCUGCCGGUGGCCCACUUCGGCCUGAAGGACCAGGAGCUGCGCUACCGCCAGCGCUACCUGGACCUGAUCAUGCGCGAUGCCACCCGGCAGAAGUUCAUCACCCGCUCGAAGACCAUCAACUUCGUGCGCAACUUCCUCAACAACAUGGGCUUCCUCGAGGUGGAGACCCCCAUGAUGAACAUGAUCGCCGGCGGUGCCACGGCCAAGCCCUUCGUCACCCACCACAAUGCCCUGAACAUGGACCUGUUCAUGCGCAUUGCCCCGGAGCUGUUCCUCAAGCAGCUGGUCAUCGGUGGUCUGGACCGGGUGUACGAGCUCGGCCGUCAGUUCCGCAACGAGGGCAUCGACCUGACCCACAACCCGGAGUUCACCACCUGCGAGUUCUACAUGGCCUACGCCGAUUACCAUGAUCUGAUCAACCUCACCGAGGAGCUGAUUUCCAAGCUGGUCCUCGAGAUCAACGGGUCCUACACCCUGACCUACCAUCCGGAUGGCCCGGAUGGCGAGAAGAAGGUCGUGGACUUCACCCCGCCCUUCCGCCGUCUGUCCAUGAUGGACGAGCUGGCCAAGCAUGUGGACCUUGGCCGGCCCUUCCCCACUGCCCUGGAGCUGGGCACCGACGAGGCCACCGCCUUCCUGGAUGAGGCCUGUGUCAAGUACGGCAUCGAUUGCUCGGCUCCGCGCACCGGCGCCCGUCUGCUGGACAAGCUGGUCGGGCACUUCCUCGAGGUCCAGUGCGACAACCCCACCUUCAUCACCGACCACCCGGUGCUCAUGUCCCCCCUGGCCAAGGAGCACCGGUCCAUGCCCGGGGCCACUGAGCGCUUCGAGCUCUUCGUUUGCCAGAAGGAGAUCUGCAAUGCCUACACCGAGCUCAACGACCCGGCUGUCCAGCGCCAGCGCUUCGCCGACCAGGCCAAGGACAAGGACGCCGGUGAUGAUGAGGCCCAGGUCCCGGAUGAGGGCUUCUGCACUGCCCUGGAGUAUGGCCUGCCGCCCACCGGUGGCUGGGGUCUCGGUGUCGACCGCCUGGUCAUGUUCCUGACUGACUCCAACAACAUCAAGGAGGUCCUCCUGUUCCCGGCCAUGAAGCCCCUUGAUCAGGUUGCCCCCAAGGAGGAGGGCAAGAUCACCGAGGUCACCGAGGCCUCCUCCUAAGGAGGAGAACGGGCAUCUGUCCUUUUCGUGUACGGUGUCAGCCGGCCUCCGCGCCCCUCUCCCUAUUGUGGAUGCAGCCUGAGCCCGGCUCGUACAUGUCAUAGCUUCCCCUGCUUCCUUCCUUCGGCGCCCCUCCCUCCGGGCGCAUGCGUGUUCGCGUGGUCCUCCCCAUGCCUACGGGGACACGCGCUCCCCCCCUCCCCCCCCCCGAAUGACAACCCACCUCUGUUCA